GUUCAACGUUAGAGAGAGAGAGGGAGAGGGAGAGAGAGAGAGAGAGACUAGCGUGAGGAAGAAGAAGAAAGAGGAAAGAAAGGGGAAUUAGGGUCUUCCAUUCUGUAUCUAAUAUGCUCUGAAUUGGAACCAUGGGAGAGGGUUUCUGAGGUGGUAAACAGAAGGCUCUUCUUCUUCGAUGGAGAAAGCGAAUGUAGGCAAAAACAUCCCUCAAAAACCCCCUCGGCGAAAGGGUUUUGGAGCCAACUCGCUUCAGAUAUCAGAAUAUGAUGCUUCCGCCUUAGUCGGUGGCAUAGUCGAGAAGGGUUUCUUCUCAGAAAACAAGCCCUUUGCUCCGCCUCCGGCCCCUGGCCCCACCGUUCUCCCUUUCCCUGUAGCUCGUCAUCGCUCUCAUGGCCCUCAUGGGGCCCCAAGAGGGAGUGAAAACAGUGGCGGUGGUGGUGAUGACGAGGAUGAAGAAGAAGAAGAUUUGAUGGAGUUUGGUCCACUAGCUGCAGCUUUUGCUAAUCCGGUCCAAAGGAAAGAGAAGAAAGGGUUGGAUUUUAGUCGGUUGAAAGAGCUAGCGACGAGUGAUAGUUCAUCUCCUACUCAGAAAAAGAAACAAGAUAAGCCUCUUUUGGAAUCCAAAGAACAGAAGAAGGCUAAUGAAGUGACUGAAAAAUCAGAUAAAAGAAGCAGCCCUAUUGGCACUGCGAAUCAUGUGUUGUCACAGAACAUGCCACCUGAUGAUACUUCACAGGCACAAGAUGUUUUCAUGGAGGAGAUGGAUUCCGGAUCGGUAGUGUCACAAGAUGUGAUUGUGGAAAUAAGGGAGGAGAUUAUGGAGGAUAUGGAACCUGGAUUGCCAGAGGUGUCAAAAAGGCAAAGGCAAGUGGAUACAGAGAAGCAAAAUAUGUCAAAGCGUUCAACUUCCAGCUAUACUCCCAUCAAUAUGGGGAAUGAACAAGACUCCAGAGGUAUUGAUGCUGAGAAUCGUGCCCGUUUAGAAAGAAUGUCAGCUGAUGAGAUUGCAGAAGCACAGGCUGAGAUACUGGAGAAGAUGAGUCCGGCAGUAAUCGAGGCGUUAAGAAAACGUGGGCAAAACAAAUUGAAGAAUCAAACAGGCUCCAUCUCAGACAUGCCUACCAAAGGAGAGGUAGAUACUAUGCGGGAUGACACAAAGUUGGUAGAAGAAGCAAAAGGUUCUCCACUCUAUGUGAGUGACACCUCCCACACCGGGACAACACCAGCUUCAACAGUUACAAGACCGGGGCCGGGUUAUAAUGGCUUGCAGAAUUUGAGCCCCGAUAAUUGCAGUUUGUGGGAUUCUUGGAGUGAGAGAGUUGAGGCUGUUAGGGAAUUAAGGUUUUCACUGGAUGGUAAUGUUGUAGAAACUGAUUUUGUGCAGGUAACAAAGGCUGGUAAUGUAUCUACUCAAACUGGGUAUAAUGCCAACAAUGUUUCUGAACGUGACUUACUUCGAACUGAGGGAGACCCUGCUGCAGCAGGUUACACUAUCAAAGAAGCAAUAGCUCUCACUAGAAGUGUGAUUCCUGGCCAACGUGCUCUUGCGUUGCAUUUGCUUGCAUCUGUGCUUGAUAAAGCAUUGCACAAAAUCAGUCAAAACCAAGUUUGCUACAACGUGAAAAUUGCUAACAUCACCAGGUUUAUUGACUGGGCCGCUGUGUGGGCUUAUGCACUUGGCCCAGAACCUGAGCUUGCUUUAUCACUAAGGAUGUCACUUGAUGAUAACCACAAUUCAGUUGUUUUGGCUUGUGCAAAAGUUAUUAAGGGCGUAUUGAGCUUUGAUACCACUGAGAGAUUCUUUGAAAUCUCAGAGAAAACUUCUUCUUACCUGAAGGACAUAUGUACUGCUCCUAUAUUCAGAAGUAGACCAGAUAUUGAGGAUGGCUUCCUUCAGGGUGGCUUCUGGAAGUACAAUGCUAAACCUUCUAAUAUUUUGCCUUUUGGUGAGGAUAUUGACAAUGACAAGACUGAAGAUGAACAUACUAUUCAGGAUGAUGUGGUUGUAGCUGGUCAAGAUAUUGUAGCAGGUUUGGUUAGAAUGGGUAUCCUUCCAAGGAUUCACUAUCUCUUGGAGGCAGACCCUUCAGACGCAUUGGAAGAAUGCUUACUUUCUAUACUUAUUGCAAUAGCAAGGCAUUCUCCUACUGGUGCGAGGGCAAUAAUGAAGUACCAAAGGCUUGUUCAAACAGUUGUGGACAGAUUUACUACGAAAGACCCAAUGGAAGUUAAUGCUUCUAAGAUAAAAUCAAUUGCCCUUUUGAGGGUGUUGGCUCGAUCUGAGAAGAAGAAUUGUGUUGAUUUUAUAAGAAACGGAGUUUUCCGGAGUGCAACAUGGCAUUUGUAUCAACAUGCACCCCCGCUUGACCGGUGGAUAGAAUUGGGAAGGGAGAACUGUAAACUCUCCUCGGCAUUGAUGGUUGAGCAGUUGCGCUUCUGGAAGGUCUGCAUCCAAUAUGGAUUCUGCGUAGCCAACUUUUCAGAUUUCUUUCCUGCUCUCUGCUUGUGGUUGAACGUACCUACAUUUGAACGACUCAUCGAAAAAGAUGUUCUUGGUGAAUUUGCUGCCAUCACUGAAGAAGCAUUCCUUGUUUUGGGGGCUCUAACUAGAAGUCUUCCAAACUUUUAUUCACAUAUGCAUGUAAGCAAUCAAAUAUCUGAGGUGGCUGCUGACGAACUGGAGUCUUGGUGCUGGGUCCACGUUGGGCCGAUUGUUGAUUUAGCUAUAAAAUGGACAGCAUUGAGGAGCAAUCCAUGCAUGUCUAACUUCUUUGAGUGGCAAAAAGGACAUAAGAGUAGUUCUAAUUUCCAGAAUUUACAAAUGAAUGCCUCCUUAUGGGUAGUUUCUGCUGCCCUGCACAUGCUCUCUGGUGUGCUGGAUAAAGUGAUCCCAGAGGAUGCAAUCAGCCUACCUGGUGGGUUUUUGCCGUGGCUGCCUGAGUUUGUCCCUAAGAUUGGACUUGAAAUCAUUAAGAAUGGGUAUUUGAGCUUUUCAGGGCUGAAAGAUGCAGAACAUGGUUGCUCUUUUAUCCAGUAUUUGUGUCAUUUGAGACACCAAGGUGAACAUGAAUCAUCAAUUGCUUCUGUGUUUUGCCUUCAUGAAUUAGUAAGAGUUGUUGUUUCUGUUGAUGAAUUAAUCCAACUGGCCAAGUCUGUGAUUCACACUCCACUAGCUCACAGCAACAGUUCAUCAAGAGAAGAUUUGGUACUUUCAGGUGGAAUAGUUAAGUCAUCUAUUCCUGAGAUGCAAAAUGCACUAACUACUUUCAUGAAGUUAAUCAAUUCAGAGUGGCAAUGGGUACAGUCAAUUGAGACCUUUGGAAGAGGUGGCCCGGCUCCAGGGGUUGGACUGGGUUGGGGUGCUAUUGGUGGAGGGUUUUGGUCUAAAGAUGUUUUGUUGGCCCAAACAGAUGCAGGAUUGCUUAUUUCCUUGCUAGAAGUCUUUCAGAUUGUGUCUGCUAAAGAUCUGCUGACAGUUGAAGAUAUGGAAUUUACUAUGCAAAGAAUAAAUUCUGCCUUUGGUGUAUGCUUAAUUCUAGGACCAAGGGAUGGAUCUAUAAUGGAGAAGGCAUUGGAUACCUUGCUCCAAGUCCCUGUUCUAAAGUAUCUGGAUCUCUGUAUUCAGCAUUUCAUUACUCGUGAUAAGGAUUUGAAGCCGUUUGGUUGGGACUAUACGGAAAAGGACUACCAGCUCUUUAGUAAGGUUUUGGCUUCUCAUUUCCGAAGCAGAUGGUUGACUGUUAAAAAGAAGCUGAAAGUAUCGGAUGGAAAUAGUGGUCUUGGGAAGAAGAUAUCUAAGAAGGGCAAUGUCUUGGAUACAAUUCAUGAGGACUUCGACAUAGCGAAUAUGACAGGUCAAGAGGAUUACUGCACUUCUUUGGCAGUAGAAUGGGCUCACCAGAGACUGCCUCUUCCCAUGCAUUGGUUUCUCAGUCCAAUCUCAACUAUCAAUGGCAUCAAACAUGCUGAUCCUUCAAUUCCUAGUAGAAAUAAUAAAGUGGAGAACCACACUGAUUUCCUUGAAAUUGCUAAAGCUGGACUGUUUUUCCUAUUAGGACUUGAAGUAAUGUCGUCAUUUGUUGCCCCUGAGAUUGAGUGCUCUGUUCGGAGAGUACCACUAACUUGGAAAUUGCAUUCGCUGUCUGUAACCUUACUUGGUGGCAUGGCUGUGCUUGAAGAGGAGAAGAGUAGAGAUAUGUAUGAAGCUUUGCAAGAGGUCUACGGGAAGCUCCUUCAGGAGUCAUGGUUAAGUAAAAGCAAAGAAGUCAUUCUCGAGGGAACUGAGAAAUUCUCAGCACAAACAGGAGAAAAGAACAGUGUGGAAUUCCUGUGUUUUCAAUCAGAGUUACACGAGAGUUACUCUACUUUUAUGGAAACUCUUGUGGAGCAGUUUGCUGCUGCAUCUUAUGGCGAUUUGAUUUACGGCCGACAAGUUGUGAUUUAUCUGCACCGUUGUGUUGAAAGCUCUAUUCGGCUUGCAGCCUGGAAUGCCCUAUCUAAUGCUCGUGUACUCGAACUUUUGCCGCCUUUGGGAAACAGUUUCACCAAGGGUGAAGGGUACCUCGAACCUGUUGAGGUUAAUGAACGAAUUUUGGAGGCGUAUUUGAAGUCAUGGGUUUCUGGUGCCCUUGACAGAGCUUCAACUCGAGGAUCAAUGGCUUUUACUCUGGUUUUGCAUCAUCUUUCUUGUUUCAUAUUUUGCUGUUUCACUAGUGAAAAGUUAUCACUCCGAAAUAAGCUUGUGAAGUCUCUCCUGCGCAAUUAUUCCCGUAAACCAGAACAUGAGGGCAUGAUGUUGGAUUUUGUUCAUUACCAAAAGCCCGAACAAAGGGAAGGUUGUUCGUCUAUGCAUAUGCACGAAGUUGAUCGAAGAUUCAAGAUAUUAACAGAAGCUUGCGAAGGAAAUUCCUCACUCUUGCGUGAUGUAGAGACACUCAAGUUGUCCUUUCAGAGAAAAUUGUGAAGUUGUUAACUAAGUCAAGUUCAUUUGUAUAUGCUGUUUGAAUGUUGAGAAAUGUCUUGGUCAGGUGGUGUUUACUCCUGGUCAAAGGUUUGGGAACGUUGAAGAGAUCGCCUUUUUGUUGCUUUCUUAGCUUCCCCUACAGUUCUGUAAAGACUCAAUUGUUCUCUCUUUGAUGAUCAAAAAAAAAGUUCUCUCUUUAACAAA